AUGGGCACCUUCAAGUUCACCUGGGCUCACCCGGCCGAGGAGGUCUACGUUACCGGCACCUUCGACAACUGGACCAAGAGCGAGAAGCUGGACAAGGUCGGCGACGCCUUUGAGAAGACUGUUACUCUCCCCGAGGCCUCGGAGAAGAUUUACUACAAGUUUGUCGUCGACAAUAACUGGAUCACAGAUCACACUGCCCCCCAAGAACCCGACCACGAGGGCAACGUAAACAACUUCCUCACCCCCGAUCAGAUCGUCAAGGAAGACUCUACCGCCGCCGUCAUGAACACCGUCACCCCCGAGUCCACCACCGCCGCCCUGGCCAAGGAUGUCCCUCUUGAGAAGGACGACCUUCCCCAGGAGACCCCCUCUGACAUUCCCGGCGGCUUCCCCGUCACCCCCGCCAAUGAGCUCGACAAGGUCUCUUUCGGCGUCAACCCCCUCCCCGCGCAGGACGUUACUGCUGAGCCUAUCAAGGUCGAGGCUGGCGAGCCUCUCCCCGCCUCCGUCAAGGCUGGCGACAUCAACGAGCACGUCAAGCUCGACAAGGAGGGCUACGAGGACUCGAGCGCUCUGCCCGGCCUGUCCAAGGAGGAGACCACCGUCCCUGCCGUCACCAGCGCCACUAUCCCCGAGUCUAGCCUGCCUGUCGCAUCCGCCGCCGACGUUACAAUCAACAGCGCCGCCCCGACAUCCACCACUGCUGCUCUUGCUGCUGAGGUCCCCGUAGAGACCAAGGCUGAGGUUCCCGAGGUUGUCAAGGAGGCCCAGGAGAAGGCCCACGCUGACCCCGAGGCCAGCGCCAACCCCGAGGCCGUCCAGGAGAAGGCUGUUGUUGAGGACGAGCUGCUCGAGAAGGUUCCCGAGGCCCCCUCUACCUCCGAGGGCACCUCCGGUUUCGGAACUCAAAAGUCCGAGAACGUUGGCGCCAUUGCCGCUACCGCUGCCACCGCUGGUGGAAUUGCCGUCGCCGCCGCCGUCGCCGCCAAGGACUCUGUCGUCGAGGCUGCCGCUCCCGCCGUCGACCAGGCCACCGUCGCUGCCACCGACGCGGCCGCUAAGCUUCCCGAGCCCGUCAAGGAGAGCCUGCCCGUCCCUGUCCAGGAGGCCAUUGGCACCCAGGUCAAGGAGGAGACCCGCGAGGAGGUUGCCCCUGAGGUCCCCGCCGUCGUCAAGGAGGCCAUCACCGAGUCUGGCAAGAGCCCCGAGGCUGCUGCCAACACCGAGGCCGUCGUCGAGAAGAAGGAGGUUGAGGCCGAGCUCCUGAAGGAAGUCAAGACCGUCCCCGCUGUCGGCGAGGAGGCCGAGAAGACCAAGACCGAGGCUGUCAAGGACGAGGUCAAGGAGACCAAGGAGGAGGUCAAGGAGGGCGACAAGUCCAAGACUGAGGCCGUCAAGGAGGAGGCCAAGCUCGCCAAGGAGGAGGUCAAGGAGGCUGUCACCAAGGACGAGCCCAAGGAGGCCAACGGCACUCACGCUGUCAACGGCACCAACGGUACCACCACCAAGGAGCCCGAAGCUCCCGCUACCCCUGCCAAGGCCGCUUCCUCCGUUCCCGAGUCCACAUCACCAAGCACGACCAACAAGGCUACCGACAGCCCCGCGGCUACCGAGAAGAAGAAGAAGAACCGCCUGAGCGCCUUCAUCGGCAAGCUCAAGAGCAAGGUGCACAGCAAAUAA